GGACACUCAGUGUGCCGGUGCGGUGCAGAGGUGCCGUUACCAGGAUUAAAGGACAGUGCAGUGUGCGACACAUGAAACCAGUGCAUAUUUGAGAGUAAUAUAAACGUGACAUUAUAAAAAAAAGUGUAAUGACGGCCCGCAGCGAGCAGCGGCCCCAGCUGCUCUACUCUGCCACGUACGAGUCUACACAGGGUAGUAGACCUGAGAAGGAGGGGUCAACUCCAGGUGAAGGUGCCGCCGUGACUCCCUCACCUACCACCAUCAACCCAGUGGGCGAGGAGGGUGAGGGUGGGGAGCAUGGACCUGGUAGUGGUGAUGAAGCAAGUGGAGGGGGAGUGUGUAGAGAGUGCCCCAUUAUCGUCACCACAAGUGCCAUAAAUACAGGUGCCGCCACAAGCUCCGCGCCCCUCCCACCACAGCACCACUUUGAGCAGCACCACAAACAUGCUCACAUUAAGGACUACACGACUGAGGAUCUUGAGGAUGCCAGUUUUGUUCUGUCUGCCUUGGUGGCAGCAGUGGAAGAAGGAAACCUGCCAGGCCUGGAGAAACUCUUCAUUUUGCACAAAACAUUGACGUCAACAUGGCGAACAAGCAUGGAGAAAGUGCUAUCCACCUCUCAUGUGGUUUGGGACAGUUAGAGGCAUUGAGAUUCCUAGUGAAGAAAGGUGGUAGUCUUGAUGCUACUGAUGCCCAAGGAGAUACACCACUACACUGGGCUGCUCGCCAAGGACAUGCUCAUGUCAUUGCAUACCUCAUCGAACAAGGAGCACAAAUUAAUACCCAAAAUAAGGUUUGUUCUUCAGAGUAUU